GGGGACAAGCAUUUCCGGUUUUGACAUAUUGCCAAAGCAAAAAGAAAAAUAUUGACUUGGGAGUCUUGCCACUGUGUUGCAAGUAUUGCUAGUAAUAUCCUGGGAUGUCUUAUCCAAUAACAGUGAAGAAGAGUGUCUUUAGAGGAGACAUGGGAAACCUACGAGAAAAUAUAGAUAAUUUAGGAAAGAAUAAAGAAUGGGAAAAACUUCUAGAGUCUGUAGAUGGUAAUGAAGAAUUGGCUAAUUCUACCAGGUGUGUAGAAGAAAACAUAGAGACCACUCUUAACACACCACUUCAUUAUGCUGCACUUGGAUCUGCUCCCAAGGAUGUUUUCGAAAAACUGCUUCAAAUUGGAUCUGCUAAAUGCCUAAAAAAUUCUGCAGGGGAGACAGCAUAUGAUAUCGGCGUAAAAUCUCAGCUCCCUCAAGAUGUACUAGAGCUGAUUAAAAUCCCACAAGAAAUAAAACAGAAAGAAAAAAUGAUACAGAAAUUCGAGGAAGGCUUACAUAAAGUCAUUAUGGAGAGAGUUGAAGAUUUAAUAAAGGACAAUAAGCAGAGUCUUCCUCAAGUGGCAUAUUUGUUUGAGAAGGGAAGCUUCUACUUUCCUGUUCCAGGGAUGUAUGGUGGAUUCAAUGUUGAGAAAAAUGGAAAAAAUAAAAUCCAAAUUAGCUGGAAAAGGGUUUGUGGAGGAAGUGGACAAACUCAUGAAAUUGACAGUGACGGGAAUGUGAAACUGACAGAAGAAGGGUUCGUUUAAGAUCUGAAUAUAUGCCUGUGAUAUACUGUGGAAUCACAAAUUUUCAUGGUGGUUUAAAUUUCAUUGUUAUUGAAGUGUGAGGAGACCCAUGAUAAUUUAUGUCCACCACGAAAUGUAAAACGUUACAUAAAUACUCUCGAUUCUUCAUCCACAAAAUCAAAUCCCCAGGAACUAAGUUUUUUUCCUCCAACCACGAUAAUUUGAACCCAUGAAAAUAAGUGAUUUUACGGUAUUAUUUCUUCCUUCUCAUGUGACAUAGAGGCUAUAGACAUAGUAAGCUCUUCUUAUCAAAGUUUGGCUGCUUCAGUGAUGCUUGCCAUAUUGCAUGUAUGUAUGUGUGGUUGAAAUAAUCCAUUGUUAACCAAAUUUUUUUGAGAACAGCAUUUGAGGCUAUUUCAAGCAAACUUGCUUAAUCAAGUAUGUUCAAUGUUUUCAAAUAUUGAUGCUAAUUAAAUUUUUUUAUCCUACAUGUACCCCUUAGAUUUGAUAAAAACACAGCAGAGGGCUAUUCAUAAUAUGUGAAAUUGAUGCAGACUUUAUUCAAAAGGCCUCCAAUUUGGGUUAUUAGAAGAGAUCUUAUUGGAAAGGACUGUGAAUACAAGAUUAUUUCAAACUUAUAGAAGUUCAUAGUUUUACUACAGUGGAAUUUUUUUUUACAUGCCCUUACAAAAUAGUUCUAUUUCACAGAGAUUUAUUAAUAAACACUACAUUCACUUUAAAAAAUAAAAUAAUGACAUAUAUGCCAGCCAUCUUUUAUUAUAAGUGUGUAAAAAGGGCAAGAACUAGGAAUUAAUGUUCAUACUUCUUCAAUCAGGGAGAGGGUAAUGUGUCACAGGUGAGUGGUGUGGCCCACAGGCCUCUUGAUUUUCUAAUCCCUUUCCCUCCUAACUUAUUAUAUCUUUUACUUGCAUUUUUAUUUAAAUUGGAAUAUCUUUUUC